GAGGUUCACGGUGCUCUGGCAGGCGUGGCAGUGGCUGGAGGGCCUCCUGCCCGCGAGCUCGCUGCCCCACGCCGCCCUCGUGAGUGCCCUGUCCCUGGGCAGGCGGUGGCAGCAGGCGCUGGAGGUCGCCGGCCACCUGGGGGCACUGGGCGCGGGGGGCCCCGAGGUGGCACGAGCGGCCGUCGCCGCCUGCGCGCGGGGCUCCAGGUGGCAGCUCGCCCUCCAGCUGCUGGGGGAGGCGCGGGCCACGGGCGGCUCGGACGCGCACGCGGGCGCCGCGCGGGCCGCCGUCAGCGCGUGCGAGCGCGGCUCGCGCUGGGAGGAGGCCCUAGCGGUCUUCUCCCAGAUCCCCGCUCCACUCCGCUCGCUGGCUGGCACCGGGGCGGCGCUGAGCGCCUGCCGACGGGGGGCACAGUGGCAGCUCGCGCUCCGGCUCCUGGCCAGCGCGAGCGCCGAGGGCUCGCCCCCAGACCUGGCCGCCUACACCGCGGCGGCUGCCGCGUGCACGGCGGCCUCGAUGUGGGCGACCUCGCUGUCGCUGCUGGCAGCCUGCCGGGCCCGCGCCCUGCGGCCAGAUUGCGCCGCCCUCGGCGCCGGGGUCCAAGCCUGCGCCUCUGGGGCACAGUGGGAGCUGGGGCUCGCGCUCUUCGAGUGGGCCGUGGCCCUGUCGCCGCGCCGCCGCGCUGGCAUCGUCACGCUCAACGCCGCGCUCAACGCCCUGGUGGCGGGCGGGCGCGAAGACGAAGCCAUGCGCCUGUGGCGCCGCGGCCUCGCGGAGGGCGUCUACGGUCUCGCGGCCGUCAUCGUGACCGGGCGGGGCAAGACCCGGCCCUCGGCGGCGCAGGGCGACGUCCGGCGCAGCGCGCUGGCGGCGCUGCGGGAGGCGGGGGUGCGGGCCGUGGAGAGCGCCGACGGGGGCUCCCUGCGU